GCAUAAGAAGUUGAAGCAGCUAUGGAAAUUUUCUCUCCCUCAGCCACAAUCACAAAACCCCAUAUAUUUCCAAGCAAAGCUUACAAAACCCAACCCCAAAAUCCCACUAUAAACAUCAAAUUCUCCAAUUCACCAAACAAAAGGAACCACCUUUAUCUCUCUUUUUCUAAUUCUUCUUUCAUUUCUUUUGUAUGUCUCUCUACCACAUCAACAACAAAUACAUUAACUUCCAGUUCCCUUUCUUUGUCUUCCACUCCAUGUGACAACCACCAUUGGCUGGUGCUCAUGGAGGCUCCUCCACAAGGCGUCAAUUCCAAGCCAGAAGUUAUUGACUACUACGUUAAGACCUUAAAAAGAGUUUUGGGCAGGUGGGUAUGUUUCAUUUCUUGUCACAUUACAGUGUUUGGUUUUGGUCUGAGUUCUGCUUUGGUUGUGGUUUUGAACAGUGAGAAGGAUGCUCAGAUGUGUAUAUAUGAUGCUUCUUGGGAUACCCAGUUCGGCUUUUGCUGUGACAUUGAUGAAGAAACUUCCCGCGAGCUCGCCGGCUUACCGGGGGUUUUAUCGGUUAGGCCUGACCCAGAUUAUAGUUCUGUUAAAAAUACAUUUGGUUCUUCAAUCAUUCAAUCAAGUAUUCUAUCAAGCUCACAAAUUGGAAGUACUGUGUUGUUUCCUUUGGGGAAUACCAAACACUGGCUUGUCCGAAUGGCCAUGCCGGGCGUUGGAGUUGUUACAAAGGCUCAAAUGGUCGAUUAUUAUGGUCAAACACUGACCAAGGUUUUGGGGAAUGAGAAGGAUGCACAAAUGUGUAUAUAUCAUGUUUCUUGGCAGUCAAACUUUGGAUUCUGUUGUGAACUUGACGACGAAUGUGCACAGGAACUAGCUGGUGUACCUGGUGUUUUAUCUGUUCAGCCAGACAAGAAUUUUGAGUCAAAGAAUAAGGAUUAUGGAGGUUUUUCCCUUUGUUUUAUUUAAAUACAACCUUUUUCAUAUAAUAUUAUUUGCAAUUCUACCUUAGAGAAGAUAUAAUAUCAUCCAUGCUUUCGCCUGCUUAGAAUUUUACUUCUCUCUUUGAGCAUGAUUGUAUAUAUUGAAAUCUUGACCUCAGACAUAUAUUAAAUAUAUGAACUAAUUAAUUUCGAGCACUCUUUUUCCUUUUUUGGUAUUCCGAUCAUUGCUGCUUGAUAGGCCUGUGUGUCAAUGAAAGUAAAUAACAGUAGCACUAUUAAGCAUUAUUUGUGUCAGGUCACAACAAAUAUGUGUUUUCGAGAUGAUAAUCCUUAAUUAACUAAAUUGUUUGUGCAAUGAAAUUGUAUAGCGGAUGAACUUCUUUGUAGCAGAGAUGAGUCUUUUCCCUGGUUCUACUUGUGCUUCGGACUUGGGAAGACUUAGUAAUGUAUAGCAAAUGAAAAUUAUGUCGCAGAAGAUAUUCUUGAGUUUGUGGUAGAGCAUGA